AUGAUGGAAGUCGAUAAUCAGUCCGCCGUCGAGGAUCGCUCUCGUCGAGCCACCAGUGUUCUCUCCAUGGAUGACAUUGAAGCCGCCCAGGCCCUCGAGGGCCUUCGUUCGGAAUAUGCACACUCUCCUCGAACCCCAUCACAGCAAACUCCCACCACCGUCUCCCCCACCUCCGACCCUAAACAUCCAGAACCUCUCCUCUCCCUCCUCACCUCCACCCAUCCGCUCAUCUCCUCCGCCAUCACCGGGUCUAUGACCGCCUAUACCACCUCCAAAUCCUACUCGCCCCGUUUCAAGUCCGGAGCCGAGUUCAUCGAACGCACCAUCGGCACUCCCGUCGCCAAAUCCGUCGGCUCGGUCGGUCGAAAGACCGGCGUUGAUCGUGGUCUGCGCUGGGCUUUGCAGCGGAAAGCGUCCAGCUCGUCCAAUGCCAAUCGCACAAAGCGGCGCAAGGUGAAUGGGGAGGCGGAUGUGGAGAAGGGGGUUGGGGCGGGCGAGGAAAUCGAAGAAGACGGUGACGCCGUGCUGUCGCAUCGGGUGCGGAGUUCGUCCGAUGUUUCAUUUCCCGAGACGCUUCCGCCGUAUGAUGAUCAGAAAUCGCCGAAUUAUGAUGACGUUGGGCGUGAGAGGCAGUCGAGACAAAAUUGGCAGAGUCGCUUGGUUAUCUCCACGUCUGGUCUUGGUGUUGCGAUGAGUGAGGAAUCGCUGCGCAGCUUGCAGUACUGUCUUACAUGGCUGCGAUGGGCCAAUGGACGUUUGGGUAAGGCGAUGACUGCUCUGCAGGGCGCUUUGAAGGAAUGGGAUGAUUCCAGACAGCAUGAAGGGGACUCGCUGCUGUCGCAACGCAUCCAGGCCGUUAGGGAAGAUGUGCUGUCCACACUGAAGCAGGUCGUGGACGUUAUCUCCAAGUACGCAGGAGGAGCAUUGCCCGAGAACGCGCGACUCCUGGUCCGUCGACAUCUCACUUCUUUGCCGCAUCGGUUCCAGGUCGCCUCAACCUCCAACCCACCGCCUGAUUCCCCCUCAGCCGCGUCGGAUGCCACCGUUGGGGCCCAUCGCAUUCUAGUUCUGGCGCAAGAGGGACUGGACAUGAUGGCGCAGGUCAGCGGUGUUGUAAACGACACUCUGGUCAGCGCGGAGCUCUGGUGUGAACGACUGGGCAGGAAGCGGCCAUCGGAUAGCAAGAAUGCUGCCGAAGCUGAACAGUCUGAGCCACCGCAGCAGCAGUCGUUCCAGGCUGAUGUUAAGCAGCCUAUUCUCCCUGAACCUGAAACAGGUGAUGUUCAGAUGACUGGAAUGGAGAAAGUAUAA